AUGGAGAGCUUGGGGCUGCAGACGGUGACCCUCAGUGAUGGGACGACAGCCUAUGUCCAGCAAGCUGUCAAAGGAGAGAAGCUGCUUGAAGGGCAGGUGAUCCAGCUCGAGGAUGGGACCACUGCAUACAUUCACCAAGUGACGGUGCAGAAAGAACCUCUUUCCUUUGAGGAUGGACAACCUGUGCAGCUGGAAGAUGGCAGCAUGGCCUACAUACACCGCACACCCAAAGAGGGCUAUGACCCCAGUGCCCUGGAGGCCGUCCAGCUGGAAGACGGCUCCACUGCCUACAUUCAUCACCCUGUGGCUGUGCCGUCAGACAGCGCCAUCCUGGCCGUGCAGACAGAGGUGGGCUUGGAGGACCUGGCUGCAGAGGACGAUGAGGGCUUCGGCGCAGACACAGUGGUGGCCCUGGAGCAGUAUGCCAGCAAGGUUCUGCAUGACAGCCAGGCUCCCCAUAACGGCAAAGGACAGCAGGUUGGGGACAGAGCAUUCCGCUGCGGCUACAAGGGCUGUGGGCGUCUCUACACCACUGCUCAUCACUUAAAGGUGCAUGAAAGAGCUCACACGGGUGACCGUCCGUACAGGUGUGAUUUCCCCAGCUGCGGAAAGGCCUUUGCCACAGGAUAUGGGCUGAAGAGCCAUGUGCGCACCCACACUGGUGAGAAGCCAUAUAAGUGCCCAGAGGAGUUGUGCAGCAAGGCCUUCAAGACCUCAGGAGACCUGCAGAAGCACGUCCGGACCCACACUGGUGAACGCCCAUUCCGAUGCCCCUUUGAGGGCUGUGGCCGCUCCUUCACCACAUCAAAUAUCCGCAAGGUACAUGUGCGCACCCACACAGGCGAGCGGCCCUACACCUGCCCCGAGCCCCACUGUGGCCGGGGCUUCACCAGCGCCACCAACUACAAGAAUCACGUGCGCAUCCACACAGGGGAGAAGCCAUACGUUUGCACGGUACCAGGCUGCGGGAAGCGCUUCACCGAGUACUCGAGCCUGUAUAAGCACCAUGUGGUGCACACACACUGCAAGCCCUACACCUGCAGCACCUGCGGCAAGACGUACCGGCAGACCUCCACCCUGGCCAUGCACAAGCGCAGCGCCCACGGCGAGCUGGAGGCCACGGAGGAGAGCGAGCAGGCCCUUUAUGAGCAACAGCAGCUCGAGGCCGCGUGUGCAGCCGAGGAGAGCCUGCCACCCAAACGACCGCGCAUUGCUUACCUUUCGGAGGUGAAAGAAGAAGGUGAUGCCAUCCCAGCCCAAGUGGCCAUGGUGACCGAGGAGGACGGGGCCCCCCAGGUGGCUCUGAUCACUCAGGAUGGUGCCCAGCAGGUCAGCCUGUCCCCGGAAGACCUGCAGGCCCUGGGGAGCGCUAUCAGCAUGGUGACCCAGCACAGCAGCACCACCCUCACCAUACCCAGUGAGGACGAUGACCUUGCCACAUCUGGCACACAUACGGUCACCAUGGUCAGCGCUGAUGGCACGCAGACGCAGCCCGUUACAAUCAUUACCUCUGGGGCUGUGGUGGCCGAAGACUCUAGUGUAGCAUCCCUUCAUCACCAACAGGUGGCACUGUUGGCCACAGCCAACGGGACGCACAUUGCGGUGCAGCUGGAGGAGCAGCAGACCUUAGAGGAGGCCAUCAGUGUGGCCACCGCUGCCAUGCAGCAAGGGGCCGUGACCCUGGAGGCUACAGAGCCAGAGAACGGCUGCUGA